UCGAAGCGGGCAUAUCUUGCACUAUCGGUAAGGAUAAAGAUGAUAAGUGGUGAAAAUCAUAAUAUAAUAGCUCACUAUAUUGGCAGUGAUUGGAAAAGAUUAGCACGAUAUUUAGAAAUCGAAGAUUGCUUAAUUGAAGCAGUCGAUGAAGAAUAUCGACAGUUAUAUGAGAAGGCGUAUCAAAUCAUCCGAAGAUGGGGUCAGCGUCAAGGCAAUGAAUUAGAUUCCACAAAUAGGAUAAUUCAAGCAUUAAGGGAUAUUCAACGCAAUGAUAUUGUCAACUUUUUAAGAAGAUAAAGUUGAAAAAUAAAUUUUUGUAUUUUAUGUAUAAGAUUUAAUUUAAAUCAUUA